AUGCCGGAUCUGCAUAGUCUCCCAGCUGGGUCACGGCCUGAAAAGGCCAUCAGAAACAACGGUCCGGACGAGCUGGCUCUGGAACGAUACAAGCUGCGCGAACUGGCUGAAGGAUGGCCUUGUUACCGUGAUGCCUGCGAAUGGGAAAAUCUGCGAUCCAUCUUCCACCCGUCGGCGUACAUCUACACGACGUGGACAGGGCGGACAUUCCACCUGGACUUCAUCAAAGCGUCGCAAGCGGGCAUGGACAAAGGGGCGUUCAUCAUGCACCGCUGCCACGGGACGACGACGGACAUCUCGCCGGACGGGACGCGCGCCGUGACCAAGAUGAAGGCGACCAUCACGCAACGAUUCACCAUCGACGGCUGCGAGGUGGACGCCGAGUCGGACUGCCGGUUCUGUUUCUUCUGGGCGAAAAACACCGACGUCGAGACCGACGUCAACACCGGGGUCAGCACCCCCGGCGCGGAUUACGGGAAAUGGCAAGCCCGAUUCGUGCGCCAUUGGUACGAGAAGGACAAGCUGCUGCCGGUCAAUCCGGCCAAAGUCCCCGUGCUGGACGACGCGAAGCUGCAGUCUUUCCCGAGCGGAUACCGCUAUCUCGCCUACUGUCAGGAAGCUACCAUGGGAGUCACGGUCAUGAAGGAUAUGCCGGGCCAUCGAAGGGAAGGCAACAACCCGAAUGGCUUGAAGCAUGACGAGUUAUACUGGCAGGCCAAAUCUUGGGUCGAGGGGAGGGAAAUCAAGCUCUAA